CUUUCGGACAAUGCAAGAAAGAGAUAAACAUAGAGACCAACGAAAUUUCGUAGAAACUGAUGGUAAAAAACGAUGAAAAGCAAGAGUUUUUGGAAUUUGUAAAAACAGCAGCUGUGAGUGAAUAAUUUUACGUCUUUAGAGCAAAAAUAAAAUAUAAAUUGCGAAAUAAUAUAGACAAAGGUUUGUUAAUUUCGCAAUAUAAAAAUUGUGCCCGUCAAAAACAAAAUGAGAGGUCACCACAGCCUCAGUUGAAUCAGCAAACAUUUAAUUAUAAAAGAAAAGAAAUGUGAAGAACCUAUGUAUUGAUUAUUCAAUGCGAAAUUCGAGCUUUGAAGAGGAUAUUGACGAACUGAUGCGAACGUAGGUACUGAUAAUCGUACGAAAGCACUAAAAAUGGCAGUACGAGGGCAAUUUGUUUUCGUAAUAUUAUUGGAACUGCUUAUUAAACAAAAUUUUGCGAAAAGAUACAAAAAAUGGCAACCAAUCAAUUGUGUUUAAAAAGCGAACAGUCAAAGGAAUAUACCAAAAUUAAUGAUGAAGAUGAAAAAAGGCGUUUGAAUUAUAUCCUCGAAAUGCAUGUACACUCUCAGUUGGCUCUUCAAAUGCACGGCCGCAGUAGCGAUUGUUGCAUAUAAUACAACGUAUAAAAAAGGACAUAAACAUAAUAGUGUUUUGGAUCGAAAUAACUGAUAAAAUUUGAUAAGUACAAUUAAAAGAUAUAAAAUUGUGGCGUCGAAAAGAAGCUUCAAAUAUGGAGCAAUGUUUCAGUUCUGGAGGCUCGAAUGCUUCCGGAGAUAGUGUCGGUGGUUUUGGGCAGAAUACUACGCUUACUAAUGCAAGUGCUAGCGAUAUUAUUUAUAACAAGAAUGUCACCCAAAAUAGUGGUGGCAACGGCAACGGACUAACACCUGAAGUGAAGGAGAUCUAUAGAUCUCUCUACAUUGUUGCCAAACAACUGGACGAUGAGAAGAAACACAUUAGCACCAUUUCCCAAUUGUUUCAACAUGAUUUGGAGGAGAAACGUUCUCAGCUGGUUCAGCUUUGUAAAAAGAUUGUUUUCAAGGACUACCAAUCAGUGGGUAAGAAAGCUCGUGAAAUCAUGUGGCGCAAAGGAUAUUAUGAGUUUAUCGCUUACGUGAAGAAAAACUGGCACAAAGAGUUAAAAGACACCACCCAGAUGAGCACGCAAGACAAUCUAUUAAAGGUAGAGCGUUUUCUCUGCGCUGGAAUAUCAAAUUACAAACGAAUGGCAGCUCAAAUGGAAGAGAUAUAUGAUCUUGACUUGAAAUACUUAAUUGAUUUUAGUAUUAUUAGUGACGGCUAUAUGAGCGAUAUCGAUCAUAAACAAACAAGCGAGAACAAUGGCGGAGGCGAUGUUAGUGCUGCACAUCCAGUGGAUAAAAGUUUAGAAGCAGUUUCAUUUGCUUUAGAUACUAUACAUUCAUCACUGUUGAGCUUAGGAGACUUGCACCGUUACUUUUUAGACUUUCGCAUUGAUACACGUCUAAAGAUUACAAAACAACAAGCUGCCAAAUAUUACUUUGAAGCGUUUAAAUUGAAUCCGGCAAUUGGUAUGUCGCAAAAUCAAUUGGGUACACUUUACUACGGCCAAAAUCACGAUUUAGACUCCAUCUAUCAUUACUUAUACUCCUUGGUUAGCAUUGUACCAUUUGAAUUAAGCGAAAAUAAUGUGUGUAAACUGUUUGUGUCUCAUGCGGAUUACCUGGAAAAGUUGGACCCAGAGAAAAUAGAAUUCAGUCUGCAAGACUUCUACGCCCGCUUUUAUUUGAUUGUGGACAUAUUCUUCUUCGAUAAAGAAGUGCCCGAUUUCAACUCUCUUUGCCACUGUGUGCUUGUAGACUUGCGCAAAGUACUCUGCUCUAAGGCAUUCACCAUUGAAGAGAGUUGCAUUUUCAAGAUUGUCUCAAUACUGUUUUUCUGCUUAUCUAAGCUAAAGAUGAUAAACUCCCAGAAGGUUUACUCGCUAAAUGCUUUUCUGGUAGCCGUGUGCUCCGAUCUAAUGGAUGCAUGCAUUGUAAAUCUUGAGCAAACCAUUUUGACCAAAUCUGCGGAGAAUGAAGAAUUCCACGAAGUGUAUGCAGAUAAGUUUGAGGAGUUCAAUAUGGUGGUGCGCAAGUCACGCAACGAAUAUAAAAAUUGGCUUGUUACUAUCGGUGAGGCCGACAAGAAAGAGAAGAAACUUAAUGCUAAAUUAUCGUUGAAAGAAUGCUCGUCUGAUUCGCGCGACAGUCAAAAUUCGAAUGACGAAUAUGUCAUCAAAACGCAGGACAGUCAUAAGCACACCAAAAUUGAUGUUGGUGGUGAAAAGAAUGCCGAUCCCAUAUCUACGCGUUCGAGCGAUGAAGCUAAAGAGAGCGAUCUUAAAACACCGUUAUCCUGCAAGAGCAAGAAGAAAGGCAUGAAACUACGUCGGCGUAGACGCAAAAUCGCUCAAUCGGAUGAUAGCUCGUGUUAUGACACCGAAAGCGAUAUGGAUACCGACUUCAGCACAUACGAUGAGGACUACACCGAUUUAAGCUCAAAUUUUGAUACCGAUUUCAGCGACAUCGAAGCUGAGCCGGUGGCCGAUGAACGUGAGGAGGCUGAUGAAGCAGAUUUUGUCAAGCAGCCAACAAAACCAGUAGCCUUGGAGCAAAAAGCGCCGCGUUUAACUUCGGCAGCUUCCAAGGAAAGCCUGACUUCCAACGAAGGCGUAGGUCCGACAUUCUCCGACAAUGAAGACAUUGUCAUUGAAGAGGAGAAAAUUAUUUAUCCCGAUGAACAACAGGCAACGUUGGCAAAACAACGCACUGAUUCGCAGGAGGUUGAUAGUGAGGAGUUGCUGCGCAGUUUCGAGGUAUUGCAGAUGAAUGGUAGUGGCUCGCUCAACUUUAAGAAUACCGACAAUGAGGAAUCACUACCGGCAGUCAUCGAAAAUAAUGCGAAGAACCACAUUGUCGACGAUGUGAAUUUCAAUCCUGGCGAGCCACCAAAAAAACUCGUUUAUCGCAACAAGUAUACAAAGAUUAAUCCGAAUAUAAUAGUUGAGUUUGCGCGCCACGAGCCAACCAUGCGUGCUUUGAAAAUUCUUUACGAUUGGUUGCGCAUCAAUCAUGAAAUACUCUUUGGCUGCUAUCACUCCAAUCCGGAAUUCAUACACAAGAUUAUGAAGUUGUUGAAUUACUGCAACAUCGACAUAUUUACACGUAAAGUAUAUUUCGAACGUGAAUUCCUAACCACGCCCAAUGUGCGCACUCCACUCGGUGAUUUAUUUGAUGUGCGCGCCAAUGUGCCGUUGGCAGAGGAUUUCGUCUUCAAAAAUUUCGACAUUUUCCAAGGCACCCAGCUGACGCUCGAUUGGGAGACAACCAUACGUGAGCACGUCACACCCGAAGAGGAGUGUAUUUUACGUAUUUUUAAAAUGGUGGACUUCGGUUUCUUUAUCUGCAAGCAAAAGAAAUUCAAUUAUCGCUUCUGCGUAAAGAGUCGUCGCUUCACUGAGAAUGCCAAGAAAAAGCGUGAGGAGAAGAAACCUUCCUCUCGUCGUCGUGAGCGACGCACAAUGAAAAAUGCAACACGCAAGCGUGCCGAAGGGCGCACACGCCGUUACUCGGAUCGUAAGAAUGGCAUCGUACGCAAAAGCUACACUAGCAAUGAAGAAAAGGAUACUGUUGAAGAAUGCAAGAAAAUGCCGCGCAAAGGUUACUUGCGCAAUCGCAAUAUUGAAAAGUCGGUGACAAGCAAUAACUUCGGCGGUGCUGGUGGUGGAGGUGGUGGCGGUACAUCAGCCUCCACGACCACCAAUAGCGCUAUGUGUGACAAAGUUUUGCUGCAGUCCAGCAGUGGCGCUGACGAAGAACGUUCGGAGGCUAUGUCGAAAAAAUGUGAGAUGAUGGGCAAGCUCUGGCUCAAGAACGAAGUUGAAACACUUGAGGAGGAGUUAAGAAAAAAUCCCUUGAAUAUCAUCAUGACGCCAUUCUUAGUUGUGGACGCUAAAGCUUUGACCGAAUAUAAUGGCAUUGUCAAGAAUCUGGUAAAAACUAAGAAGUUUAUUGUUCUCAUACCGAAUGCAGUUCUGAACGAAUUGGACGAUCUAAAGAAACGCAGUGAAAAUGCACGUAAUGUCAUACGUUGGUUGGAGCAGGAGUUUAAGCAUGGAAAUAGACAUUUGCGCGCACAGCGUGAUAAUGAGAAUUUGACCCUUUCCUUGUUGAAAAUACCCCGCAAACUAGAUCGCGACGCUAGUGUAUUCUUGCAAAUUGCACAGUUUUGCAAUCAUCUUGUUGCCAAUCAUUCGGAUCCCAAAUCUGCCGAGUUCCAAAGCAAUGUCAUCACAUAUUUGUCAGGCGAUUCACUUCAUGAGAAACAACGCAAUCAAACAAACUUUAGUUUUACUGGCAUCUUGGACACUAUACCCGUGCGUUAUGAGCAGAUUUCUAAUUUCUAUUCGAAAUUCAAGGCGAACAAAAAAUGAACCCAUACACGCUGCAGGAGCAACGCCUGCGUGGAGCGUUUUGUGUGAACUCAAGAUCAUAAAAACUAAUGAAGAGAUGAUGAUUAGGGAAGAUAAAGAAUAAGAAGAGCUUACGAAGGAUUAAGGAUCUAUGAAAACGAAAAACAAAAUCAAAUCAAUUCAAACCAAACCAACAAAACAACACAGAAAAAUUCCAAAACGUGAAUGAUGAGUGAAUUUAUUCAAUGCAAUAACAACAAGCGCGGCGGCAGCCAUAGUGGCUACAACAGCGUUAGCAGUAGUAGCAGCAGUGCGGCAGCAUCAGCAGCAAACAACAAAAAAAACAAAAAAACAAAAAAAAUUAAAAAUGCAACUGUAAGUGCGUACGAACAGUUAGAAAACCUUAAGAGAAACAAUAACAACUUUAUCGAGUUUAUUUGAAAACCACAAACAACGACGAUGGAUAGGAAGGUGAAGAUUAUGGUAAUGAGUGAUGGUGGUGACAUGCCGUUGGUGUUGAUAUGGAAGUUUAGGAAUAUCGUGUGCAUAUAUGACAUCAACAGCAGUAGCAACAUGCAAAGAAAUCACGGUAAUAUAUGUAGAGGCCUUGGGUGUAUUAAACUCGACGUUCGGAAAAUAUUAUUUGUGAUGGCGAUGGUAGCGUGCCAUUGAUAGUAGGCGAGUAGGCGAUUUUUGUGUUUAUAUUGGCGGUGUGUUUAACAUUGCGUUUAGCAGUGGAACAAUAUCGUCUGCAUUAUAAUUCUAUAUAAAUUUCGAAAACAACAUUACAUUAGAACAUAAUUAGCAGAGUAAUUAAAAAAGUCUUUAAAGAAAAAUCUCACUACAUUUGACAAACUUUUGAAAGCAUAAAACAACAACUUUACAAAAAGAAACGCAGUCAGGAUUUUCAAUAAUCACAUUUUUUAAUAAAUAUUUUUUUUCAAAAAUCCCGUUUUUUUUCAAAUUUUUUAGUUAAAAUUUUGCUAAACAAAUACUUUUCUCUUCAGUUAUAAAGUCACAAUACAAAACUCUUUAAGCACUUAAUUUUUUAUUGCUUUCGCUCUUGACUCUAACUUCAAACUUUGAUCAGAUUAUCUCUUACUCGCACAAUAGAAGCCGCAGUUUGCCAGUUAGACUCGCAUAAAUCGUGGCAUCGCUGAACCAUCGUUUUCUUUACUGUUAUAUUCUAAGAGCUCUUGCAGUGGAAAGCUCAUUUGCAACACAUUUGAUCACAAAAACAACUUUCGAUCAGCAGCUGUCAUAGUUUACAUUCAUAUUGAAUUGUGAACCGCGCAAAUUUGCCAUCAUUUGCGUGAAACAAAAACAAAACUACGUUUUUGCAAUACACAAAAAUGACCCAACAAGCUUCUACAAUAGCUUCUUCAAAAUCCAGUAAAAUAAUGCUGUAAAGCUUAAGGCAUUUCGCUUGUUUGUAUAGCCGCAGCCUUUCGCGAAGUACUAGCUCAUGAAUGCACAACAGUCUUCGAAAUCUUCUCUAAGUGUAGGAAUAUAUUUGUGCUCGAGCGCAAUUUUUAUUUCCGUUUUUUGCUUUGUUUCGAGAAAUUUUGCACAUCCAGGCGCAUACGUGUGUAAGAAGCCAAUAUCGUAACGAAAUGUCAAAGAAAAUGUUAGACUACAUUGAUUAAAAAUUUCAAACUGCCCACAAAAUGCAUAUCUUCCAUAUGAUAGUUUGUCGUUUCCGUUAAGUCUGUGAUGACGUGGCAUUGAAAUAUGUCGUGUAUUUAAGAUUUUCUUUUAUGUUUCUCUGCGUAUACGUAUUACAUUAUUUUCAUAAAUUUUAUUAAUUCAAAAUCAAUUAUGCUUAUAUGCUUAUAUUUGUAGUCACAUAUGUAUGUAUGUACAUAUGUAUAGCAUACGCAUACUGUGCUUGGCUUGCCGUCUUCAAAUUCGCUGCUCAACUAGAAGUAAACAGGCGUCGCGCAGAUUUUCGUGGCAUUUAGAAAAUUAUUGUAUACAAAUUAAAACUUCUAUCACUAAAAUCUGUCAGCUGAAAUUAAUUAGGUUUUUAAUAUGAAAUUUGCAUUCGACUCAAUUGCAUAAUUCGCCAUUGUUUACACAUAACUUCUGGUUGUUAUACAAAUUUUACACAUUUGGUUUUUUUUAAUAGUUUAUUUCAAUUAUAAAAAUUUCUCCACAAAGUCUGCGCCAUAUUCCAGCAAUAAAAUGAACAGCAACACCAAACAGUUUAUGCCUAACUAUACUAAUAUUAUAUAAAAUAUUCUUUAUGUAAUUUAUAACGGUAUGAAUUCGAAAAACAAGUACGUGUAUAACGCAGGGUUCCGCUAGGGUAUUGUUAUGCGAGAUCUGAAUCUUGUCUACUCAUUUGUAUAUUGCACUUAAAUCCAGUUUCAACUCAUGCUGAAAUAAGCUAAAAUUUUCGAAAUAACAACAAAUAGAAAAAAAUCGAUUAGUUUUCACUUAAAUGAUCUUUUAAAUAUCCCAGCAACAAAUGCAAUAAGUCUACUAGUUGCUGUUGCCUAAACUGUUCUGUAAAUUACCCAAACAGCUAAAUAAAUACCCUUCUGAUGUCUGCGUCCUACCUUCGAACUAGCCGUUGCAGGUACACAUACUUUUUCUUAAUAUAACGUUUAUUUUUACUACAAAAAAGAACAAAAAUACAUGUAAUCAUAUCAGGAGUUUAUUUCAAAUCAUAACUAAUUAUUUAAUUUAUGUUAAUCAUAGUCGUAAACAGCAACCGUUUUUAAAGAACUCCAUUCUCUGCCUUCGCUCUUUUACAUUAGAACAAAAAAAAAA